UUAAACCUCAAUUAGUAGAACGAUAGACAAUUAUAUACAUGUAUAUAUACCACACUCCACGUUCAAAUACCAACGUCCGCUCUUUUUCCUCGUGCUGCGUGGUACUCGGUCAGCUAACUGGGGAAAAUGCGAACCACAAUUUACAUUGGCUUCACAAUAGUAUUCACUCUUCACACAAAUGAAGCCUUUAAGUUGCCUCGACCAUUGGCUAAACAGAGAAUAGCCCAUUUACUUCGCAGAGAUGAAGCUGAAAAGCCGAAAACAUUCGAGGAUUCCGACUGUUUGUCCACUCUGAAAUCUGACGGCAUAGCUCUUGUUAACCAUGGCAUAACUCUCUUGAACUCUUCUAUAAAAACAACUGGUAGAUUUUUUGAAGCUCUUGAAGACCUUUACAGCACCGACAUAAAUACUGUUCUGACCACGGUUUCGGAUACCCUGAAGAAAGCCGAUAAACAAGCCGCGGUGGAUUUUAAAAAAUUCAUGGAUGUUGAUUUAGAUAAAUCCGCCAUUUAUGUUUAUACUGACUGGAUUUAUGAUGACGUCAAUUAUUCUUUGCGUAGUCACAAAUGUGGCAAGAAGAAACUGACUGAAAAAGACAAGAACCUGGCCCCGUACACAGCCUAUCUAAUGGCGGUCAUGCUCUAUUCUCCGAAUUUACGCAAAGAGUCAAAUUUUACCUACAGAGAAGUCUCAUUUAAGCAGGAAUUCGUUGACCAGUACAAAGUUGGAACAACGUUUCUUUGGUCAUCGUUCACAUCUUCAUCAAUGUACGAUUUAGAUUUCACGGGAAAUGUUGAAUUUGUGUUUAAUAACUCUCGGGAGUCGAUCUGGAGUCCGAGACGUAUUGAGGAGUACUCCCGAUAUCCCGAGGAGGAGGAGGCCCUGUAUCCCCCCGCGGCGAUAUUCAGUGUGACGGAGAAGCACGAGAAGGGCAACAAAGUAUACAUUUAUGCCGACCUGGUCAGCGAGGACUGAUGAGAUUCAGUAGCCUGAUGUUUUUACAACAAGUACUGAACUGGCAUAAAAUACGUACAGAGGAUGCUGUUGAUCUGGAAUGUGAAUAUGAAUUGGUUGAAUUUCUGGGGUUUUUUUUUUUUUUUUUUUUUUUUUAUAUAUAUAAGCGUUCAAGAUUUCUAUGAAAACAUUGAUAUUAUUUACUAACUAUAGACAUCCUAUGUUGAAUAAAAAUCCACCUCA